AAUCAAACACAAGGACUUGGUGAUGCAGCGCCCUCUCACUGGAAGGUCCCCUAAGAAGCUGCAGUAUGUCGGUGUUGUGUAAAACAGUCUAGUGCCUCUCUCUCCCUGGCAUCAUCUACAAAGCCACUUGCUUUAAAUAGUAGUGAACUCGUUCCCAAUAUAAACCUCCUAAAAAGCCUAACAAUAGAAGCAAACGUUGUUUUCCUGUUGCCUCACAUUUCUAGGUGCCCCGUAUUGUAGUUUUGUUUCUGACAAAGCAAGAUAUAAAGGCAGCCUCCAAAAAAAGACAUCAUUUCAGGAAGCAGAGAAAAGAAGAGAGCGGAAGACACUGGAGCUGUAUCUGAAGUCUUACCUCAUCUGCCCAGCCCAGCAUGAAGCUGAAUGAAGGUCACAGUGAGGCACUGGCAGCACCCCCUGUUACAUCUGCACCCUCUGUCACACCAGGAAAUGCCACAGAGGCGGUUAGCCCUGGAGGAGGAAAGGAAGAUGCCGUUUCCAAAUUGAAGGACAAAUUUAUGAAUGAACUCCAUAAAAUUCCACUGCCACCAUGGGCCUUGAUAGCUAUAGCCAUUGUUGCUGUCCUUUUGAUUCUUACAUGCUGCUUCUGCAUCUGUAAGAAAUGCCUAUUUAAGAAGAAGAACAAAAAGAAGGGCAAAGAAAAGGGAGGAAAGAAUGCUAUUAACAUGAAAGAUGUAAAAGAAAUGGGAAAAUCCAUGAAAGACCAGGCUGUGAAGGAUGAUGAUGAUGAUGCAGAGACCGGCCUCACUGAAGAAGGGAAAGAGGAAGAAAAAGAAGUCGAGAAACUUGGAAAAAUACAGUUUUCUUUGGAUUAUGACUUUCAGAACAAUCAGCUUGUGGUGGGGAUUAUUCAAGCGGCUGAACUGCCUGCCCUAGAUAUUGGAGGUACAUCUGAUCCCUAUGUGAAGGUCUUUUUGCUACCUGAUAAGAAGAAGAAAUAUGAAACUAAAGUCCACCGAAAGACUCUGAAUCCUUCCUUCAAUGAAACUUUCAUUUUCAAGAUUCCAUAUGCCGAGCUGGGAGGGAAAACCCUGGUGAUGGCAGUUUACGACUUUGAUCGAUUCUCCAAACAUGAUGUCAUUGGAGAAGUAAAAGUGCCUAUGAACACUGUGGACUUUGGUCAUGUAACUGAAGAGUGGCGUGAUCUGCAGGGGGCUGAGAAAGAGGAGCAAGAGAAGCUGGGUGAUAUUUGUUUCUCUCUCCGCUAUGUGCCGACGGCUGGUAAAUUGACUGUUGUCAUUCUGGAGGCAAAGAACUUAAAGAAGAUGGACGUGGGUGGAUUGUCAGAUCCUUACGUGAAGAUUCACCUGAUGCAGAAUGGCAAGAGGCUGAAGAAAAAGAAGACAACGAUUAAGAAGAACACUCUUAACCCUUACUACAACGAGUCAUUCAGCUUUGAAGUACCAUUUGAACAGAUACAGAAAGUGCAAGUUGUUGUUACUGUCCUGGACUAUGACAAGAUUGGCAAGAACGAUGCUAUCGGCAAAGUUUUUGUGGGCUACAAUAGCACUGCGGCAGAGCUGCGACACUGGUCAGACAUGUUGGCCAACCCAAGGCGACCCAUUGCACAGUGGCACACCCUACAGCAGGAGGAGGAGGUAGAUGUUGCUCUUGGGCUCAAGAAAUAAAAUUUAAAAAAAGCCUUUCAAUGUUUCUCCAUUUAGUUCUCACAGUUAGUAUCUGUAAAUACCUCAGUAAGACUGAUCCCCCAUUGCCACCCUGAAUGUUAGACCAAGUUGUAUUUCCUCAAUUCAUUCAUUCCCCUCCCCGGCCCCCCCAUCAAUGGUAGGUCUAGUGGAACUAAAGCCCCUUGAAACAUUUCAUCACACUAAAUACUCUCCACCUGUUUCAUCCUUUUAAGCAAUAUGAUCUGUGUAGAUAGAGCAUGACUGAAAUGAUGUAUCACACAGUUGUACAUAACAGUAAGCUGAUAAAUGAUUUCUAGUCUGUGUGUUUGUAUGUUGUUAGCGUUUCUUAAUCCCGUGCAUAUCUAGAUGUUUUUAAUAAGAUGUUCUAUUUUAAACUAUGUAAAUUGACGGAGAAAUAGGAAAGUUGAUGCUAUAUAUUAUUGGGUAAAUAUAUCUUCUGCAUUCCAGUGAUUUCCUUCUUGUAAGCCUCUAGACCAAGAUGGAAAUUCAUCUUAGGUAAAGAUAAGCAAGAGGGACAAAAAUGUACUGAAAUAGAUAGUCUAGCUUUGUACACUUUGGCGGACCUCUUGCACUUACUAGGUGCUUACUUCAGGAGGAGUUUUUAAAUGUUUCAUGUGAUAAUGUAGUCAAUGGCACUAUUAUAAAGCUAUCAGUCAUUCCAUUAGAGUCUAAAGGACUGCUCUGUGUAUCACUGUGACUGCUGUGUGUGCUUAGAAUUGUACAUUCUUCAGUGGAUAGCAGCAAAUUUAUUCAAUCGUAAUUCUGAUUUAGGCAUAGAUUUGCCACAAUAAUCAUUCCUUUCUACUGCCACGUUGAAUGCCUGCAUAGCACAGACAGUUCUCUUAAACUUUGGACCAAUAUAGAACUGUAAGGCUAUGUACGAGAGGUGUAUUUUAUUAAAAGAAAUAGCAGGAACAGAAUAAUCAUAUAGCAUCUUUUUUGAGCACUGUGCAAUCUAGACGCAAAGGUCAUGAAAAUAGAGUUCCUGAGAUGGUGUACUCUGUCUUAAAAUGAAGCAACAAAAAGCUUUAGGUAUUCAGCCGUUAGCAUAUACUACCAUACUCUUAGCUCAGGAUUUUAAUACAAAGGUUACACAACGAGCACAUUGCAUUAGGAACUGCCACUUAAAUGCUAACCAAUGUUAAUGUGCAGAUUUAAUCUACAAGAGCAAGAUAAUAGAUAUAUAUACACUGCCAAAAAAUUACUACAAUCCUUUCGUAAAAUCACUAUUUAGUGUUUUCUCUGUGUUUUAAAAAGUACAGCCAUAGCCAGAAGGUGCCCCUUUCCUUUCUAUUCACUGAGCAACGACUGGUACACUUCAAUAAACAAAAAGCCACAAUAAAUCUAAUCUUUAUGAAAAUGAAGCGUAAAGUAUUAGAGCCAGAUGCUGUAGAAUGAUACUAGUUGCCUUUGUGUAUGAUUAUGUAUAUUACCUGCCUGCUUAAGUAUUUUACAUGUGAACUUUCUCUGUAUCUUGUAGAAAUAUUGAGAUGUUUUUUUCUGCCACUUUGCUCGUGACCAACGAGCUGACCAGUAGAGCUCUGUAAACCUUAAUUUUUGAUGAGGUGUUUAUAUUUUGUUUCACUUUGUGUAGUGAAUUACACUGUGGAGUUUCUGAUGUUAUAUAACUGAAUAUUAUACUAGUGUUCAAUAAAAGUUUUAUUUCCUGUUGACGUUUAAAUGAUUGUAUAAUUCUGUGUGUUCUUUACUGAUUGUUUAUAUAAAAAUAUUAAAGUUGAUUACAGAUUUAAA